GGGGGGGGGAGGCCGAGGUCCUCCCGAACGAAAGCCCUUCCCACCCUCCCAGCUUCCUCCCUGAAAGGCGGUGGCUUUCGUCUCCUCUGCAAGACCUGCGCCGGUGGCACCUUUGGGAUCUGGGUUUGCUGGCACCUCUCAUUAUGACUGGCAGAACUUGGCAGAAGACCAAAGGUUCCUUCCAAUUUCUUGAAGGUUUCCUGAGAACAGAGAUGGAUGAGCAGGACUCCACUGGCCCUGAAGCAGGAAGAGGCCAUGACAUACAAACUCAGAGGCAUGGAAGAUUCUGGGGAAAGUCUGUCCAAAGGAUCCUGUGCUCAGAUAUGCACAGCCAGCAGUUCAGGCAGUUCUGCUGUCUGGAAGCCAAAGGACCCCGAGAGGUUUGCAGCCAACUCAACCACCUCUGCCAUCAAUGGCUGAAGCCAGAAAGACACACGAAAGCUGAAAUGCUGGACCUGGUGAUCUUGGAGCAGUUCCUGGCUGUCCUUCCUCCAGAGAUGGAGAGCUGGGUGAGGGAAUGUGGAGUGGAGACCAGUUCCCAGGCAGUGGCCCUGGCCGAAGGAUUCCUCCUGAGUCAGGCAGAGGAGAGAAAGCAGGCAGAGCAGCAGGGGAAAGAACUGUUUGCAGAAAUGGGUCUGGAUUUCUCUGAGGUAGAUCAGACUCCGUUGGAUACCCAAGAGAGGCCACUGGGUGACAGAAUGGUGGCAGCAAGACCUGCUCAUCCAUCUCUUCAUGAUGGCGAAGGAGAAACAGCAGCUGGGAAACCAGAUCAGGGUCCAGUGUGCUUUAAAGAUGUAGAUGUCCAUUUCACAGACGAGGAGUGGGCAUUACUGGAUCCUGACCAGAGAGCUCUCCAUAAGGAAGUCAUGGAGGAGAAUUGUGGGAUCUUGGACUCUCUCGUUGCAGGUGGUGAUGAAUUGGAAAUGAAAAACAAGGAAGACCACAAUGAAAUCCACACAGUGGAGGAGCCAUGUCAGGAUUCAGACUGUGGAGAGAGCUACAGUCAGAGCUCCCAUUCCUCUUCCCAUCAAAGAAAUCCCAUCAGGAAGAAACCCUAUCAGUGCUUGGAGUGUGGAAAGAGCUUCCUUCAUAGCUUCAGUCUCACUGUCCAUCAAAGAAAUCAUACAGGGGAGAAACCCUAUCCGUGUCUGGAAUGUGGAAAGAGCUUCAGUCGAAAGGACAGUUUCACUUCCCAUCAAAGAAUUCAUACAGGGGAGAAACCUUAUCAUUGCCUGGAAUGUGGAAAGAGCUUCAUUCAAAAAGGCCAGUUCAUGGCCCAUCAAAGAAUUCAUACAGGAGAAAAACCUUAUCAGUGCUUGGAGUGUGGCAAGUGCUUCAUUCACAGACGCAAGCUUACUGUCCAUCAAAUAAAACAUACGGGGCAGAAACCCUAUCAGUGCUCGGAAUGUGGAAAGAGCUUCAUAUACAGAGGCCAGCUCACUGUCCAUCAAAGAAUUCAUACAGGGGAGAAACCAUAUAAGUGUUCAGAAUGUGGAAAGAGCUUCAUUCACAGAAGCCACCUCACUGACCAUGAAAAAAUUCAUACAGGGGAGAAAAAAUAUAAGUGCUUGGAAUGUGGAAAGAGCUUCAUUCAAAGAGGCCAGCUCAUGGCCCAUCAAACAAUUCAUACAGGAGAGAAACCUUAUCAGUGUCAAGAGUGUGGCAGGAGCUUCAGAAAAAAAGACAGUUUCACUUCCCAUCAGAGAAUUCAUACAGGGGAGAAACCCUAUCAGUGCCUGGAAUGUGGAAAGAGAUUCAUUCACAAACGCCAGCUCACUGUCCAUCAGAGAAUCCAUACUGGGAAGAAACCCUAUCAGUGCUUGGAAUGUGGAAAGAGCUUCAUUCACAAAUGCCAGCUCACUGUCCAUCAAAGAAUUCAUACAGGGGAGAAACCAUAUCAGUGCUUGGAAUGUGGAAAGAGCUUCAGUGACAACCACCAGCUUAAUGUCCAUCAAAGAAUUCACACAGGAGAGAAACCAUAUCAGUGCUUGGAAUGUGGAAAGAGCUUUAUUGUCAGAAGCCAACUUACUGUCCAUCAAAUAAUUCAUUCAGGGGCGAAACCUUAUCAGUGCUCAGAAUGUGGAAAGAGCUUCAUUCACAGACGCCAGCUCACUGUCCAUCAAAGAAUUCAUACAGGGGAGAAGCCAUACCAGUGCUUAGAAUGUGGAAAGAGCUUCAAUCAGAGUGCAUCUCUCACUUCCCAUCAGAGAAUUCAUUCAGGAGAAAAACCCUAUCAGUGCCUGGAAUGUGGAAAGAAUUUCAGUCAGAGCAGCCAUCUCACUUCCCAUCAAAGAACUCAUACAGGGGACAAGCCAUAUCAGUGCCUGGAAUGUGGAAGGAGCUUCAGUCAGAGCAGCCAUCUCACUUCCCAUCAAAGAAUUCACAAAAGGGAGAAACCCUAUAAGUGCGUGGAAUGUGGAAAGAGCUUCAGUUCAAAAAGAAAUCUCACUGUACAUCAAAGAAUUCAUAAAGGGCUGAAACCAUAUCAGUGCUUGGAAUGUGGAAAGAGCUUCAGUCAGAGUGCAUCUCUCACUUCCCAUCGUAGAAUUCAUACAGGGGAGAAACCCUAUAAGUGCUUGGAAUGUGGAAAGAGAUUCAGUCAGGGCUCCCAUCUCACUUCCCAUCGUAGAAUUCAUACAGGGGAGAAGCCAUAUCACUGUUUAGAAUGUGGAAAUAGCUUCAGAAGGAGCUCCCAUCUCACUGUUCAUCAAAGAAUUCAUACAGGGGAGAAGCCAUAUCACUGCUUGGAGGGUGGAAAGAGCUUCAGUCACAGGGCCUAUCUCAAUUUCCAUCAAAAAAUCUAUAAAGGGGAGAAACCCUAUCAGUGCGUGGAAUGUGGAAAGAGCUUUAGUUCAAAAAGAAAUCUCACUGUACAUCAAAGAAUUCAUAAAGGGCUGAAACCAUAUCAGUGCUUGGAAUGUGGAAAGAGCUUCAAUCAGAGUGCAUCUCUCACUUCCCAUCGUAGAAUUCAUACAGGGGAGAAACCCUAUCAGUGUGUGGAAUGUGGAAAGAGAUUUAGUCAGAGUGCAUCUCUCACUUCCCAUCGUAGAAUUCAUACAGGAGAGAAACCCUAUCAGUGCAUGGAAUGUGGAAAGAGAUUCAGUCAGAGUGCAUCUCUCACUUCCCAUCGUAGAAUUCAUACAGGGGAGAAACCCUAUCAGUGUGUGGAAUGUGGAAAGAGAUUCACCAGUAAAGAAAGUAUCACUGUCCAUCAAAGAAUUCAUGCAGGGGAGAAGCCAUAUCACAGCUUGGAGGGUGGAAAGAGCUUCAGUCACAGGGCAUAUCUCAAUUCCCAUCAAAAAAUCUAUACAGGGGAGAAACCCUAUCAGUGUGCGGAAUGUGGAAAGAGCUUCAGUUCAAAAGGAAACCUCACUGUCCAUCAAAGAAUUCAUAAAGGGCUGAAACCAUAUCAGUGCUUGGAAUGUGGAAAGAGCUUCAAUCAGAGUGCAUCUCUCACUUCCCAUCGUAGAAUUCAUACAGGGGAGAAACCCUAUAAGUGCUUGGAAUGUGGAAAGAGAUUCAUUCAGAGCUCCCAUCUCACUUCCCAUUGUAGAAUUCAUACAGGGGAGAAACCCUAUCAGUGUGUGGAAUGUGGAAAGAGAUUCACCAGGAAAAAACCUCUCACUGUCCAUCAAAGAAUUCAUAAAGGGGAAAAACCAUAUCACUGCUUGGAGUGUGGAAAGAGCUUCAGUCACAGCUACGAUCUCACUUCUCAUUGUAGAAUUCAUACAGGGGAGAAACCCUAUCAGUGCAUGGAAUGUGGAAAGAGCUUCAGUCGAAAAGGAAAUCUCACUUGUCACCAAAGAAUUCAUAUAGGGGAGAAACCAUAUCGGUGCUUGGAAUGUGGAAAGAGAUUCAGUCACAGCUCCCAUCUCACUUCCCAUAGUAGAAUUCAUACAGGGGAGAAACCCUAUCAGUGCGUGGAAUGUGGAAAGAGCUUCAGUCGAAAAGGAAAUCUCACUUGCCACCAAAAAAUUCAUAUAGGGGAGAAGUCCUAUCAGUGCGUGGAAUGUGGAAAGAGCUUCAGUUCAAAAAGAAAUCUCAUUGUCCAUCAAAGAAGUCAUACAGGGGAGAGACAAUAUGCAUGCUUUUAGUGUGGAAAGAGAUUUAGUUAGAGCUUCUAUCUCACUUCCCAUCAAAUAAUUCACACAGAGGAAAAAAUUUAUCAGUGCUAGGAAUGUGGAAAGAGCUUAACCAGGAAGUAAAGUCUCACUGUCCAUCAAAGAAUUCAUACAGGGGAGAAUCCAUAUGCAUGCUUGGAAUGUGGAAAGAGCUUCAGAAAGAGCUGCAAUCUCUUUUUUAAAAUUAAUUUUUGCAUAUAUUUUCCAUACCCCACAUAACAUCUUUUCUUACCUUAUACAUUGUUUUGGGUAUAAACCUUGGACUUCCCUCAACCACAUCUAAUGAUUUUCGAUCUUCCUCACUUAUCUUGCAGUUCAUUAUUUUCACUAUUAUUUUUAAUAGUCCAUAAUAAAUAGUCCUUUUCAUAAUUUUUCCCUGCAAUAUUUCAUAUAGUCUUCCUUACAAAACUUCUUGCAGUCCUGCAGUCAAAUAGUUCACGUACAGGUACCGGUAUUUACUACAAUCUUCUAAAAACUUCUGAUCCCGCCGGUUCUGAAUUCUUCCUGUCAUCUUAUCCAAUUCUGCAUAGUCCAUUAAUUUUGUUUGCCAUUCCUCUUUCGUUGGUAAUUCUUCUUGCUUCCAUUUCUGUGCCAAUAAUAUUCUAGCUGCCGUUGUCCCAUAUAAAAACAAUUUCUUACAUUCCCCAAAAGUCCCUUCUUUUUCCUUACAUUUCCAACAUUUAUUACUUAUUUUAUACAUUUUAGCUAAUUUCACUGGCGUAAUAUACCACCUAUACAUCAUUUUCAUCACAUUUUCUCUCAAGGCAUUGCAUGCUGUAAAUUUUAUUCCUGCUUUCCACAAUUUUUCCCAGUCUUUUAGCUGUAUGUUAUACUCAAAGUCUUUGGCCCAAUAUAUCAUGACCAACUUUACCUCUUCGUCUUUCAAGUGCCAUUCCAACAGCAAUUUGUACAUUUUAACCAUAUUUUAUAAUUAUUAUUUAAUAUUUCAAUUUCAAAUUUUGAUUUAUUAUGACCAAAUCCAUUUUCCUUUAAAUCCUCUUUAAACAUUUAAUUGAUUUGGUGAAUAAUCAUUUACAUCUUCUUUUACUUCUUCAUAAGGUUUAAUUUCCUAUUUAUUUCCUUCCUCUCUUACUAUUUUUUCAUAUGUGACCAAAUUUUGGCUCAUAUUAAUCUUUUUCACACUCAUUGCUUCCAAAGGUGACAACCACCAAGCUGUUUUACAUUCUAAUAGGUUUUUAUACCUAUCCCAUAUUUCAAAUAGAGGCCUUCGAAAUAUAUGGUUACCAAAUCCUUUAUGCACUUUUGUUUUGUUAUACCAUAAAUAUGCAUGCCAACCAAAUCUAUUGUCAAAACCUUCUAAAUCCAACAUAUCUGUAUUUUCUAACAAUAUCCAUUCCUUUAACCAACCGAGGCAAGUUCCUUCAUAGUCCAACUUCAAGUCUGGCAGGGCAAAAACCCCUCUUUCUUUAAUAUCUGUUAGCAAUUUAAAUUUAAUACUUGGUUUCUUCCCCUGCCAGAUAUAUCUUGAAAUUGUUUUCUGCCACUCCUUAAAUAUAGUUGCCCCCUUGAUUGGAAUUGAUUGAAACAAAAAUAACAUCUUUGGUAGCACAUUCCUUUUAAUAACAGAUAUCCUACCCCAUAGGGAUAGUUUCAUACUUCCCCAGCCUUCCAGGUCUCUCUUAAUUUCAUUCCACAUCGGUGUAUAAUUAUUUUGGAAUAGAUCUAUAUUAUUUGAUGUUAACCAAAUUCCUAAAUGUUUAACUUUUUUUACUGCUUCUAUACCAAUCUGCUGUUGCAACAUAUCCACCAAAUCUUGAUUCAUAUUUUUAACUAACAUUUUCGUUUUCUUUUUAUUUAAUUUAAAACCUGCUACUUGUCCGAAUUGUUCUAUUUCCUCUAAUACUUCUUUAGCACUAAUUAACGGUUCUUUCAUUGUUAAAAUCAGCUGCAAUCUCACUUCCCAUCAAAGAAUUCAUACAGGGGAGGGAUUGGAGGGAUUUAUGAAAGUCUCACCUCAAUUUUAGAGUUCUUUAAAAAUAUUUGGAGCUCUUAAAAGGACUGAGAGCUGGGUGAAAAAGCUAAAAUCAGGACAGGUUUGGACAAGUUCAUUUCUCUUUGAAGGAAAAUAGUUCUUCUCCUCUGAGACACUUAAAGGGGAUUGGAUUCCUGCAAGACAACCACUCUUCUCUGGACAUUUGCCGGUAAAUUGCUAGGUCCUCUUGGGCACAUUAUUUUUUUGUUUUGUUUUUUAUGGUUCCUCUCUUAAAGGAAUUAUUUGGUUAUUUCAAAUCUUGAGAAAUUGGAUUUUAUGUUAACCAGCUUAUAUGUACUGGGUAUCAGGCUAGAAAGAAGAGGGAGGGGUGGAAAAAUACAGGAAACAGGAUCUCUUGGGAAAGAGUUAUUCUGUGGCCUUGACAAACUGAUAAGUUGUUGCUGGAAAAGGGAGAGUGAGAGUUAGGCUACGGCAGUUCAAAAACAGUUAACACCAGGCCUGUGUUAAAUUUGGAGAAGCUAUUAGCCAGUAGUGAUAAAAAUAUUGAAAUGGUGACAAAUUUGACCACUAAAGUAGAGAAACUGACAAAGAAAACAGAAGCACUAGAUGUCUCCAUGAAAGGGAGGAGAAAUCUGAAAAGCUGGAAAAGGAGACCAAAAAAAAAAUGGAAAUCAGGAGACGCUUAGGAUUGAUGUGGACGGUUUGGGUGGAAGGCAAGAAGCAUUUUUGGGCGCUUUGGCGGUCCUUGAGAUGAGACGGAAAGCCCAGCCUCUGAGACGGAGAGGAGGGAGGAGAGCAGGAUUUUAACAAAGGUUUGAGCGGAGUGGCUGGGAGUUGAAGAGGAAUGCAUGGAGGCGGCACGGUGGUGGUUUCUUUUUGUAAAAAACCAAUGUGAAUAAAUACCCCCAGUGUCACCCCCUGGCUGGUCUUCCUGUCUUCAGAGGCUUCUCUCCCUGUGCCCUCACCCCGCCCAGGAGAAUCUAAUGCAUGGGGGUCCCAAACUAAGGCCCGGGGGCCGAAUGCGGCCCAAUCGCCUUCUAAAUCCGGCUCGCAGACGGUCCAGGAAUCAGCAUGUUUUUACAUGAGUAGAAUGUGUCCUUUUAUUCAGGGCCGUCUUGAGCAGAUCGCGCGACCUGGUGCUGAGGGGCGGAGAUCGCUCCGCCGCCCGCCCCGCCCUCGCAGGGCGCAAUUGGUUUUCACGCGUCUUCGCCGCGCGGCGCCCUCCUUGCCAGGCCAGCGCCCAGCUUACCAGCCCCGCGCCAUGUUGCACUGCGCCACCGGGGGGCUACGAAGAGCCGGCCCUGCUUUUAUUUAAAAUGCAUCUCUGGGUUUUUUGUGGGGUAUAGAAAUUCGUUCAUAUUUUUUCCCCAAAAUAUAGUCCAGUCCCCCACAAGGUCUGAGGGACAGUGGACCGGCCCCCUGCUGAAAAAGUUUGCUGACCCCUGAUUUAAUGCAUCUUCGGUUGAGUGUGUCCAGCAAGGAGAUUGGAGAUGGUUGCCAGUCAAAGGGUAAUUUAAGACGCAGGAAAAAAGAGCUCCUCCCCUCUUGUGGAAACGGGGGGGGGGGCAGCUUCAGGGGAAAUUUCCAGCCCUGGCACUGGGAGCCAGAUGAGGAAUCCUGGAAGAGGACACUCCAGGGUAAUCUAGUCCAACCCCUGCAAUUCAGGAACCCCGGUUCUUAGUCCUGCCAGCUCCCUUGAACUGAGCGACUCAGAUGCCUGGAGCAGCGCCCUGUUGGAGAGCAGCCUUUGGUAGCCUCUGGAGCUGGCCAGACCUUUUGGACGGCUGUUUCCAUCCCCCUGCCUUCUGCUGGCAGGCCCGAUUGGGAGUUGUAGUCCAAAGCGGAUUGAGGGGGCUAGUCCUGGACAGAUGGCUGAAGCCAUUCUGCUGGCAAGGCCUCUUGGGCCAACCCCCUCCCCCAAUAUCGGGCCUGAGUGUUUCUGUGGCUCUUGUGAGUCCGAGAUCAUGGAGUUGAAGAGAUCUCAAGGGUCAUCUAGGCCCACCCCCUGCAAUGCAGGAACGGCAGCUGAAAUGUUCCCUUGUGGGGUCUGGACUAGGGGGUGUUUCAGAUGGUUUUCAAAUUGGAACUACCUUUUGGAACAAAGCUUUUUUCAAUGCCAGGAUACAAGGUGCUCUCUUGACCUGGGAGCCUGAUCCCUCUCCCCCACCCCUAUAAAAUGGAGUCUUCCACUCAUCUUCUCCUUGCAGGACCCCCUUGCCUUCCUCUUUGCUCAGAGAGUCAGAACCAACUCUCUCUCAAGGGACCCUGGAGCCAAACACUUCCAGAGUUUUCCUCUAGCUUCUCAAGCAAAGGGUGGGAAGGAAUAUAUUCUUAUUGCUCUUGAGAUGUACAGAAAUCUCUUGUCCUGGUUUUUAACAACACAGGCCUGCUGUGAUGGGCUUCCUUUUUCCCCUUGCCACUAAAAAAUUCCAGUUAACUGCCUCUUUGCCAAUUGUUAUCUUUAAUGACUUUUUUAAAGGUAAAGAUGUUACGCUGUAUCUUUGAGACACUGUAUUUACUGCUGCUUUUUUCUAUUCUGGGUUUGAAUAAAAAUUAAUCUGUGGACUAACGUUACUGCUUUUUGUGUGGUCUUUUCCUGUUGCUGUGCUGGUCCAAGGGUAACUGAGAGAAUAGGUCCAAGGCCGGUCCAAAGUCUGGGGAAUCCAGGAGACGUCAGUCCAAUGAAGCUGAGGCAGGGCACAGGGCAGGAGACUAGGCGAGGUCAGGAGCAGGAACACAGGCAGGAUCUUGCAAUCAGCAAUGUUGCUCCCGCAACCUGGGGUAGGGUCUAACUGCAUUUUAUCUCUGCUGAGGUGAUGGCCGGUCCCCCAAUGACUCAUCACCCUGCCUUGCCUGAAGGAGAGCACUCUUCCUGCGCAUACAUAGGUCUCUCCUCUCAGCCCUGAGCCUCUGCAGCUUGGGGGACACCAGAGAGUUCAAUUAGAGGAUGUAGUAAUCAGAAAUUUAAUCAGAAUUGGGAUAAGUCAGGGAUUAUAUAAAAAGGCAAUGCCCCUCUGUGAAGACUUGGAUUUAUUUCUAAUAUUCCGUAGUGAU